CUACACGUGAUUGGUCAAAAAUCAGGUCAAUACGUGUGGCGCUAACUUCAAAAAAGAAAACACUGCAGGCUCACAGAUUGCCCGAAAUCUAUUUUUGCCCUAUUCUUUGUGCUUCUCCCAAUUUUGUCUCAAAUUUUCUGAUUUUCCAUUGACUUCGGUGUUUCCUAAAAAUGAUCUUGCACAAGUAUUUCUUCGUAAGCUCAGCAAUAUCCAGAAAAUUCUAUCCCACUUUGGUCGGAAUAGGAACUGGCACUUCUGCUUGUAGUUUUAGCACCACAAAACCGGCUGCUCUGUUUGAUUUAUUUAAGGGCAAGGCAAGAACCCCAAAAGACUUUGGCAAGUACAGCAUAGUGGCUCCAGGCUCAGUGUCUGCAAAACGUUCAGUGCCAGAUCACAUCUUGAAACCUCCGUACGCUGAGUCAAUGCAGCCUCCACCUCCACCUAAAGAGAUUCAACUUCAUGACGACGAUUCAAUUGCUAGAGCAGAUGUGGCUUGUAAAUUAGCCAGACGAGUGCUAAAUUGGAUUGGAACAAAACUAAAGGUUGGAAUGACCACAGACGAAAUUGAUAGACUGGUUCAUGAAAAAAUCAUUGCCAACGAAGCUUACCCUUCACCCUUAAACUAUAUGGGCUUCCCUAAAUCUGUCUGCACUUCGAUCAACAAUGUUGCCUGUCAUGGAAUACCUGAUGAUAGGCAACUUGAAGACGGAGACAUUAUCAACGUCGAUAUUACUGUAUACUUCAAUGGAUAUCAUGGAGAUUGUUCUGAAACAUUUUUGAUAGGUAAUGUUGACAAUCAGGGCAGAGAAUUGGUGGAGGUAACACGGAAAUGCUUGUACGAAGCAAUUAAGGGCUGUAAAAAUUAUGAAACAUUUACAAAUAUUGGAAGAAUUGUUGAAACUGUAGCCAAAAGUCAUGGGUAUGAUGUAGUACCAGCUUUUGCAGGCCAUGGAAUUGGCACCUAUUUUCACGGACCACCUGACAUCUAUCAUUGCCAAAAUUCUUUUAGUGGCUUCAUGAGAACAGGAAUGAUUUUUACCAUUGAGCCAAUUAUUACCCAGGGUACGAGAGAAGUGGUUAUUCUAGAAGACGGCUGGACAGCAGUGACCCUUGACCAUGCUAGGACGGCUCAAUUUGAAGAGACUAUAUUGAUCAACCCUCAAGAUGCCACUAUUCUGACUGAAGUUGAUGAUUAAUAAAUUUAAAUAUCGGUUUCAAUUUUUCGGAAAUUAAACAAAGCACUAGUAA